UUCUACCUGACACCAAUGUGAUACACACGCAUGGCAACGUCUGAAAGAUGAAUAAAGCGCCUACGUCCGCCAAUCCGGCGUCGGAAUCCGGUAAGCGUUCCGAAGGUCAGGUCUCCAAGCGUUCAUCGGCUAAUCAGGCUAAGAGGCGAUCGUCCGUCAAUCAAGCAUCAAAGCGUUCGUCUAUCAACCAGGCAUCCAAUCGUUCGUCCGUUAACAAGGCUUCGAAACGUUCGUCUGUGAAUGCCGCCAAAGGUUCUUCUAUUAGCGGUAUAGCUGAGGCAGCAGGUGAUGAAGGUGAUGCGGUACCUGCCCACAAUGUCAAUCGAGUGCCUGUGUUCUCAACCGAUCCUAGGUCGGGGAUUCUUCCCGCACAUUUCCCAAACAAGGAAUGGGGGAGUGCACACAGAAUCCUGCGUGAAAAGGAAGUAGACGAAUUCCUAGCGGUUCAUCCCCAAGUCUUACUGGAUUUCAUCUACGAUACGGUUGAACUAGACAGUCUAGAGGAACUGUUACGUCAGAAGAAAGGUGUCAUUGAAGAUGAAGAUGAAUCUCAGACGGAGAGAAGUAGCCCUCAAACUCGGAAGCCCUCGGGUUUAUUCGACCAGAAGUCCACAUGCCACGUAGGUCGGGGUCUGAUCACGGCCAUACAAAGGGACGAAUCGCUCCACGGGAUUCUAGAGGAUUACUGCCAUAUCUUCUCCCGGAUCGUCCACGCGGACUCACACAAGUUGUACGUCCAGGAUGGGCUGGACAGUAAGGUAUACUUCCUGUUGGAGAACGGACACCUGGAACCCUGUGUCCUUAAAGGUACGGUGGCUGGGAGGGCCCUGAAGAAGAAAACAUCAGUGUUGAUUACAGAUAUGUCCACGGAUCCGAGAUUCAAGAAACGUACGGAUUGUCGCGAAGGGUUACCUGAGAAUUCAAGCGUCUUGUGCGUUCCUAUGAUUCUACCAACAAAAGAAAUUCCGGCCAUCGUAGAGGUCAUACGGAAGCAUUGUAAUCCUCCCUUCAUUGAGACUGACGUGCAGAUAGCCAAUAUUUCCAUCGGAUGGAUUGCCGCUUGUGUAGGUGAGCAUAUUGGCAAAAGGUCGCUUAUAUCCCAGCAACACCUGAUCGACUUCCUUUUGGAGAACACUAAGGAAUUGUUUGAUGGUGUGACGCAAACAGAGGAACUCGUCCCGAAGAUAAUGCGGCAUACAAAAGACUUGGUCAAGGCUGACCGUUGCUCUCUUUUCCUAGUGGACGACGAGAAAGAGGAACUAUAUGCAAAUUACUUUGACGAGGGCGCAAAAUCCGGCAUUGGAGUUCCGGUGUUUGAGAAGAAGGAAAUGAUUCGCUUCCCCAAAGGCAUUGGUAUUGCAGGUCACGUAGCCGAGACAGCAGAGGUAAUGAACAUACACGAUGCGUACGAAGACCCCCGAUUCAACAAAGAAGUGGAUAUGUUGACCGGAUAUAGAACACGUAGCAUUCUGUGCAUGCCCAUCAUUAACCGGAACUGCGUGAAAGGUGUCAUACAGAUGGUGAACAGCACGCGGUCUGAGCACUUCACGGCGUCCGACGAGAGUGCGCUUCGUAUGUUCACGGCAUACUGCGCCAUAGCUCUGCACUACAACAACUUUUACAGCACACUGGAUCGACAGAAGGUGAAGAACAAGGCGUGCAUUGAGGUGAUACAGUACCAUACGAUAUGUCAAAAAUCCUCGUACGUCGACCUGCUCAACGAUCCCUUAAUCAGAAGAAGCGAGAUCCCCAAAUGUUACUUUUCGUUUGAUUUUUACGCACCGGCGAAUUUGGAAAUUCUACCAAAGUUGUUUAUAAACAUUGUUGAGGAUCUGAGUGGAAAAAAUCGAUUCGAAAGUGAGAAGCUCGUGAAAUUCAUCUUAACUGUCAAAAAGAACUACCGAAAUGUACCCUACCACAACUUCCCUCAUGGGUUUCAUGUGGCUCACUGUCUAUGGCGCAUUAUUCUAACCGCUCCAGACGCCUUCACGGAGUUCCAGAAAAUGGGACUGGUGGUCGCCGGAAUUUGUCACGAUGUCGAUCACCGUGGCUACAACAACGAGUUCUUCAAGAAGCUGCAACUUCCGUUGGCAAAUCUGUACUCUACGUCAGUGAUGGAACAACACCAUUACCGUCAGACCGUGACUAUCCUGCAGACAGAGGAUAUCUUCUCCUUUCUGUCGCCCCAAAAAUACAAACAGAUGCUGUGCCUCAUUCGGCAGUGUAUCCUAGCAACGGAUCUUGCGCUGUACUUCGGUAACCAGAAGACGCUACAGAAACUCCUGGAUGAAAAUAGGUUCGACAUCAAGGACGAACAAUGCACCAACCUCACAAUGGAGCUGAUGAUGACCGCGGGAGAUUUGAGUGGAAUCGCAAAACCGUGGAAAACGAAUAAAUCGUCUACUAAUCAGCUGUACGAGGAGUUUUACGAACAAGGCGACGAGGAGAGGAAGCGAGGGUUUGUUCCGAGGUCAAUGAUGGACAGAGCGUAUUCGGAUGAUAUUCCAAAACAACAAGUUGAAUUUAUUGACUUUAUUUGCGUUCCGCUAUACAGAACAGUUGUGCGGAUAUUUCCGGGUGCCAAACACCUCCUUUGCGGGUGUCUGCGCAACAGGCGGAAGUGGCAGAAAAUAGUGGGUAUUCAAUCAGCUUCACAGAUGAAUCAACUAGGAGCACAACACAGCGAAUACGAGGAUUUAGACGAUGACGAUGAAGAAGAAGAUGUGUGGGUGAACGUUUUCAAUGUGAAGGAAACGUCCUGCAAUCAGUCGAUCGUCAUAAGUGAUCAUUAACACACACACACACACCAAACACACACACACACACACACACCAAACACACACACACACCAAACACACACAC